AGCCUAUCAUCUGACCUUAUCCCCUCUCUGUUUCUAUCUUCUACCAUAAACCCUGCAAAAACCUCCUUCAAGAUUCAAUUUUUAUACCCUUUUCAUUACAUAUGGCCAUGGAAUUAUGUUCAACUUUCAAACCCAACUCAUUUGAUCUCUCUUUCUCAUCUUCAUUAUCACACUUUUCUUUAAAACCCCAUGUAAAAAGUUCCAAUCUUGGUCCAAAAUUUCAUGUUUUAGCAGUUGCAUUAGACCCAAAAGAGCUUCCUCAAAAUAGUCCACAAAGACUGUUAAAAGAAUUAGCUGAGCGUAAAAAAGUAGUUUCCCCAAAAAGGAAAGUACCCCCCAAAAGAUUUAUUUUAAAACCCCCCUUAGAUGAUGCUAAACUUGCUGAAAGAUUCUUAAAUAGUCCACAAUUGUCUUUAAAAUCAUUUCCACUUUUGAGUUCUUGUUUACCAUGUUCAAGGCUAAAUAAUGCUGAUAAAACUUGGAUUGAUGAGUAUUUAGUUGAAGCUAAACAAUGUUUAGGGUACCCUUUAGAGAGUUCUGAAAGUUAUGGGGAUGACAAUCCUGCGAAACACUUCGAUACUUUGUUGUAUUUAGCAUUUCAACAUCCUAAAUGUGAGAGAACUAAUGCUAGGCAUGUUAGAUCAGGGCAUUCAAGAUUGGGUUUUUUAGGAGAGUAUGUUCUUGAAUUAGCUAUGUGUGAGUUUUUCUUGCAAAGGUACCCUAGGGAAUCGCCCGGUCCAAUGAGGGAAAGAGUGUAUGCAUUGAUUGGGAAAAGGUAUAUGCCUAAGUGGAUUAAAAAUGCUAGCUUGCAGAAUUUGAUUUUCCCGUAUGAUGAUAUGGAUAAGUUGAAAAGAUUGGAUAGAGAACCGCCUGUCAAAUAAGAGUUUUGUUCCAAUGGCAUACGGACUACAAUAUUGCAAAGGUCCGAUCGGUUUUAACAUUUGCACCCCUAGUAAAGAUAAAUGCAUGCCAUUAUGUAUUCAAGCAACAGGUUCUAUUGUUGAACAAGCGACAUGUCAAAUAAAAGGUGAUGGUUCUUCAUAUUGCGAAUGUGUAUGGCUGUGUGACAAACACAUACAUCAAGAAAAACAGCUGAAGAUUGCAUCACCUACACCUGCGCCUGCCCGUUAUUGAUGUUUUGAAUCCAAAAGUAUAUUUUACGAGUCAAACUAUACAAAAAUCUAUGUAAUCUACAAUUCUUGUACCAUUCCUUAUAUAAGCCUUU